AUGUCGUUGGCUGGUGAGGUCGACGUUGCGUUGGAGGUGGUCGAAGAAAGAAAAGAAGAAGAAAAAGAAAAAAAGUUCGCGGAGGAAGAAGAAAGAUUCCGAGAAAGGUUAGCGGGACGCUUUACCGCUUUGGGCGAGCCGGAGUUGAUGUUGAAGUCGAAGUCGAUGACGAAGAAGUUGAUGAUGAUUAAGAAGUUGAUGAUGGCGAAGAAGAGAUUGAUGUUGAUGUUGAUGUGA